UUAUCGCAGUUUGAACUGAAAGAGUACAUAAUACCAACUGAAGCACGUCCAACGAUUUAGUAUGCUUUUAAUUGAGAAAGUGUUGUACGAUAUAAUUUCAGGAACAUUUUAGCGUUAGUGUUUAAUAUCUGUGGUACUGAAAGUGUGAAAAACCAAUGAAAUAGUGUGUGGAAAUUACCGAAGGUAAUAUUUACUUCCUAUAAUGUAAUAGAUGUACCUACAUGUAUUGAAUCAGUCAUGGAACUAGACUUUGACUUUGAAUCCCCAAAUGAUGUUGAACCAGACUUUGGAUACGAUAUGACAAAUGAUGAUGGACCAGAUUUUGAAUGCGAUAUGAUAAAUGAUGAUGGACCAGAUUUUGAAUGCGAUAUGAUAAAUGAUGAUGGACCAGAUUUUGAAUGCGAUAUGAUAAAUGAUGAUGGACCAGAUUUUGAAUGCGAUAUGAUAAAUGAUGAUGGACCAGAUUUUGAAUGCGAUAUGACAAAUGAUGAUGGACCAGAUCCAGAUUUGGGAUUGGAUAUGGUAAAAGAUGGUGGAAACAAAAAAAGUAUUGGAGUAGGCAGUUCAAAAUAUGCAACGCCAAUAACGAAGCAUUCUUCAGUAAAAUCUGCUAAAUCAUCCACUCACGAAGAAGAGUUAAAAAAUAUCGGAGUACGUAGUUCAAAAAAUGCAAUGCCAAAAAAGAAGCAUCCUUCAAUAAAAUCUGCUAAACCAUCAAGUCACAAAGAAGAGUUACAACAAUGUGUAGCUAAAAAUAAAUAUGCAACAUUCAACGAUAUAUUUAAUAAAAACGGAUCAGCAUCUUUAGUGGCUGGUAUCCACAUCAAUCCAAAAAAUAAGCAAACCUUUUCUGUAGAAAAAUUUCUGAAUACAUUCCUGAGUAGCGAAGAGAAUGAAGAUAGAACAAUAGAAGAACUUAUGCAAGUGGUACAAUAUGUCGGUUUUAACCCUUCUAAAACAAACGAAGAAUUUUCGAAAAUAAAAGUUGGUAACGAAUUAGGCAACAAAGCAUUUUUGAUUUACUUAUUUUUAACUAGAGGUAGUAAUAUAGAUCUCAUUAGAAAUACUUCUGAUAGAAGAACAUCAGAAAAAUUGACUAAAUUACAAAAGAUCUACAACUUAAAAUCGAAAAUAUCAGACGGCGGUCCAACAGUAUUGACUUUAUCAAGAAUAGCCAUGACUAAUCCCACAGUAGUUGCCUCCAUGUUACAUAAGUUCGAUGAUAAUAACAAUAAAGUGAAAAGACCCGUGACAAAAAAAAUGCUUAAGAAAAUUUGUGGUGCUGAUUUUCCGUCAGUAUUAAUGAGUAAUAUUGUCGCAAGUCUUAUUCCAAAGGACCCUAGAGUGAUAAGUAAAGGCGAAUCGCAGAAAAUUCUCAACGCUAUCGCUUUGUAUACAGGCUUGGAAGCCCAAAAAACCAAACGUUCAUUUUCCGAAAAAAAUAUACAAGAAUGCGUACAUUUAAACGCUAAAUAUGUAACUCUGGCGUACAAGUCACAUUUUGUUAGCGAGAAGGAGCGACAAAGUGCGUUUAAAAAACCGUAUUUCAAAAAUGUUUACAAUAAAGGAAAAUUAUCUCUAGAAGUGGUUAAAAUAGAUAUGUAUAUGCAAAAAUUAAUCGAUCAAAUUAAAAAAAGUGAUCCGUUUUUUAAUAUUUAGACCGA